GCCUCGUUUUGUCAGUCAACAGACGAUCUCGCUCUACUACGCUAUUGGCCUAGGCAAGAAGCUUGCCAAUAAAUGUGUUUCUUGCCAAGAAAAUAACACUAUUAUAAACCCUAAAAUGGCUGCGUCUGAAGAAGAAAUAAUAAGGCAUCGUUUGCUCUUUGAUGGUGAUGGAACAGGAGAUGAUCGUCGAAUACAAACUCUUCUAAAAACUAUCGUUAAAUGGUGCCAUGUGGAAACGACUCAAGAGGAGAGCAAUUUAACUUACCAGAAAAUCAUCGCGUUAUUGAACCAGUGCGAGUAUGCAAUGAUAAAGAAUCACCUAGUCUAUGAGAUGAAUACGAAAGAAAGGAAGAACUACGAGGAUCUUUUGAUGGAGAUAGAAAAAAGCAUUUCAGAGGCAAAAGAAGACAUAUCACAUUGUAAGCUGGAACUACAGAAGGCAAAGAAGAUAAGAAAAAAUAAGCAAGAGUAUGAUUCUCUUGCAAAAGUUAUAACAGUGCAGCCAGACAGGGAACAGUCACAAGCAGAAACUGAAAAACUAAAGGAAGAGCUUUCCAAACUAGAACAAACUAAAAAUGAACUUGCAAAAAAGCUUGAUAUGCGUGGCAAACAACUUCAUGCUUUGAUUCAUUCUAUCCAUGUGUUACAGCAAAUUCUCGACGAUGAUGAAGGACUGCCCUUUAGUCACAAGCAAAGUAGUAUGGACAUCAGUUAAACACUUAAGGGACUUUAAUAAGCUAUCUUUUAUAAUGUUAGAAGCAAGCAAGUAGUCAUGGGAGAAAGAUUUUGCAUUUGUGACUGUAUAGUAAUCAAAUGUUGUUGUGGAAAAUCCUUAUGCCACAGA